UGGAAGAGAGAGCCAGCUGAGAGAAGAAGGAGGAGGAAGAGGAGGAGGAGGAAGAGGAGAAGGAGGAGACAGCUGGAGGAGGGCUCCCCUCCCUAGAAGCCAGCGGUGCCACCACUGCUGCACAUCUGUUCCGCAUCAGGACCAGCCCCUCCCGCGUGCCUGGCUCCUACCUCAGGAGCCACUUGUGCGCUCCGCUACACGGUGCUAGGUACUAGGACUGAACCAGCGCGAGUAGGAGCCCCAGCCGGAGCAGAGUCGGGGGAGGAGGAGGAGGCCGGCCAGCCGCAAGGCUGGCCUGUGGGAGGGGAGGGGCGCUCCAGCCCCGGGCAAACUUUGGCUCCCUGUAGCAGCGGAGGUGGCGGUGGCAGCAGCAGUAGUAUCGGCAGCAGCAGCGCACGCCCUGCUCUGAGCCGCGGCUAGGGGUGCGCCGGCAUGUGGGCGCAGUGCCGGGCCGCCCCGGGCCGCCGCCGCCGCCGCCGCGUGCGCCCGGGGCCAGCUGAGCCCCGGCUCCCGGGCCCUCUGGCUGCCCAGUCCGGCCGCCUCCAGGCGACCGCAAGCUAGUCCCCUCCCAAGCUUCCUCCAAAAGGGACUGGGGGACACUUUGGACCGGCCAGGCCCCAUCCCCCGCCCCCUGCAAACCCUGGAGCUGGAGACUGGAGACAGGGCUCCCUUGCCAUCCCUUUCCUCCUGUUGCAAACUCUAGACCGACUGUUUCCCCCCCGCCCCCCAGGGGAGGAGAGAGUCCUUCUCUCUAUGUUGACAUCCCUGAGGGCGGGCUGGGUUAACUGAAGAGACUCCUAAACUGGGCACUGGGUUGUCCCCGAUCGCCUCGGGGCCAUGGGGCCAGUGUGCUCCGGGGAAGGCUCUGGGCUAUAUAGGCGCCCUUGCAUUUAGCAGCCUCGCCUCCUGCCUGCCUGCUCUCUCCCCACUUGCUGGUCUGUUUGGGGAUGCUGAUGUACCCCGCAGUUAGCCUCUCAGCCUAGACCGCACAGGGGAGGAGACUUGCCCGCCUGCCAGCCCGUUCCAAGAUGUGCCCGUCAGAGAUGGGGACGCUGUGGCAGCAUUGGUCACCUGUGCUCUUCAGCCUGGCUGCUCUGUUUUCCAAAGUAUCAGAGAGCCGAGGGAUUUUAGAAAGCAUCCAGAGGUUCUCCCUGCUGCCUACCUACCUUCCUGUGAGCUACCAUAUCAACAACGCUGAUAUCUCCUUCUUCCUUAAGGAAGCCAAUCAGGACAUCAUGAGAAACUCAAGCUUGCAAUCCAGGGUGGAAUCCUUUCUGAUUUACAAAUCCAAGAUGGCACCUACCUUGAAUGCCAGCUAUGGGCCUUUUUCUGUGGAACAACUUGUGCCCCAGGACCUACUGAUACCUUCUAAUCCAUUUGGAUCCACCAACAAGUUUGCUCUCAAUUGGAAGCUAAAAGCCUACAUCAUGAGUGAUAAAAUCUACCUGAGUAGGCCCAGAGUUCAGAUCCUAUUCCAUAUAGUAGGUAGGGACUGGGAUGAUCAUAGCACCACAGAGAAGCUGCCUUGCCUCCGAGUAUUUGCCUUCAGGGAGACCAGGGAGGUGAGGGGCAGCUGCCGCCUGGCAGGGGACCUCGGACUCUGUGUAGCCCAGUUGGAGCUCUUAUCCAGCUGGUUCAGUCCCCCCACUGUGGUCGCGGGCCGCAAAAAGUCAAUGGACCAAUCAGAAGGAAGUCCUGUUGAGCUUUACUAUUCUAUCCAACCUGGAGAUGAGAAAGGAGAUUGCACCAAGGAAGAGACCAGGAAAAACAAUGGCAUCCGCCCAGGUCACAAUGAUAUUGAUGAAGUGGGCCCCCCCUUGCAGAGGAUUGGGAGUGUAUUCCUCUACCAGACUCACAGCGGGAGCCCUUCCUGGAGGGAACUUUACUUAGAUAGCAACGUUGCCAUCCACUAUGUGGCAAAGACUGCCAAACGAGGAGAUGUUCUGACUUUUCCUGUUUCUGUCUCUAAAAAUUCCACUGAGGAUCAUUUCACACUGAGGGCAAAGGUAAAGAAAGGUGUGAAUAUUAUUGGCGUUCGAGCCAGCAACCCUCAUUUAUGGGAUGUUAAAGAGAGUGUGGAUUACACAGGGAAAUAUGUGUGUCAGAGGAAAUCUGCUGCUUCUGAGAACAGUGCGGAUGGUCAAUCCAAUGAGGUCAUGCAGAUCGAUAUAGAAAUUGAAGAGCUGAGUGACCUACCAGCCACCCAGCUAGUCACGUGGCAGGUUGAAUACCCUGGAGAGACCACCUCGGACCUGGGGGUGUCUAAAAUCUAUGUGAGCCAGAAGGAUUUGAUUGGCGUCAUCCCACUAGCCAUGGAAGCAGAAAUCUUGAAUACGGCCAUUCUCACUGGGAAGACAGUGGCUGUGCCUGUAAAGGUGGUCUCUGUGGAGGAAGACGGCACUGUGACAGAUCUUUUGGAGUCUGUGGAGUGUAGAUCAUCAGAUGAAGAUGUAAUUAAGGUGUCUGAUAGAUGUGACUACGUCUUUGUCAAUGGAAAGGAAAUGAAGGGCAAAGUGAAAGUUGUGGUGAACUUUACCUACCAGCACCUAAGUAGCCCCCUGGAGAUGACUGUGUGGGUGCCCCGCCUCCCGCUCCAAAUUGAAGUCUCUGACACAGAACUUAACCAGAUCAAGGGCUGGAGGGUUCCCAUUGUCUCCAAUAAGAGGCUAGUUCGGGACAGUGAUGACGAGGAAGAGGAUGAGAGGCGUGGCAAAGGCUGUGCUCUUCAGUACCAGCAUGCCAUGGUGCGUGUCCUUACUCAGUUUGUGGCUGAAGCCUCUGACUCUGGAGGGCAGCUGGCCCACCUGCUGGGCUCUGACUGGCAAGUGGAUAUCACAGAUUUAGUGAACAAUUUCAUGCAGGUGGAAGAGCCAAGGAUUGCCAAGCUACAAGGAGGACAAGUUCUGAUUGGGCAGGAGCUUGGAAUGACUACCAUUCAGAUCCUGUCCCCACUGUCUGAUGCCAUCUUGGCUGAGAAGACAGUGACUGUGUUGGAUGAGAAGGUGACAAUCACUGACCUCGGGGUCCAGCUGGUGACUGGGCUCUCCCUCUCCUUACAGCUCAGCCCAGGAAGCAACCGAGCAAUCUUUGCCACCUCCGUAGCUCAGGAGCUACUACAGACUCCCAAGCAGGAAGCUGCCAUAAGUUGCUGGAUCCAAUUCAGUGAUGGUUCAGUCAUGCCCUUGGAUAUUUAUGAUGUAAAGGACUUUUCUCUGGUGGUGACUUCACUCGAUGAGAAGGUGGUCUCCAUCCACCAAGACCCCACAUUCAAAUGGCCUGUAAUUGCUGCUGAAAUGGAGGAAGGACAGGGCGCCCUGGUAAAAGUGGAAAUGGUGAUUAGUGAAUCAUGCCAGAAGUCUAAGAGGAAGAGUGUGUUGGCUGUUGGAACAGGAAAUAUUAAAGUUAAGUUUGGCCAGAAUGAUGCCAAUCCCAACACCAGUGACAGCAGACAUGGUGGGGGAAGAGGUCACUUGGAAACCCAUGCCAGUGACAGGAGGUCUAAAACAACCUGGCAAGAAAGAAUGAGGCCAGAUGGACAGUUUUUUGGCAAUUUCUCCUUGGAUCGCAUGGAAGGUAGGGGAGCCACAACAGACAGAUCUAUCUACUGGAAGAAAGAUAAACAAGAAAAUCUUUUAGAUGAUAACAGCCACCUACAGACUAUCCCCAUGGACUUCACCAGCUUCCCUGCCCAAGUUGAUCUCCCAAGGAACAAUGGGGAGUUGGAGGAGAAUGACUUAGUGCAGACACCCAGGGGCUUAAGUGACUUAGAGAUUGGGAUGUAUGCCCUCCUGGGUGUCUUUUGCCUUGCUAUUUUGGUCUUCUUAAUUAACUGUGUGACCUUUGCAUUGAAAUACAGGCAUAAGCAGGUUCCUUUUGAGGAGCAAGAAGGCAUGAGUCAUUCACAUGACUGGGUUGGGUUAAGUAACCGAACAGAACUGUUGGAGCAUCAACUGCAUUUUCCAUCCCCACAGGAAGAACAGAUCACUGCUAUUGACCGAGGAGUGGAUUUUGAGGAGAGUAAAUUCCUCCUCAAUACCAAUUCCCAAAAGAGUCUUAAUGGCCAGGUUUUCAAGUCUUCAGACUCUCCAUUCGCUGAUGGGAAAGACCAGAAAAGUGAGCCCACAGCUUCCCCUACCUCUAAGAGAAAAAGGGUGAAAUUUACUACCUUCACCACCAUUUCCCCAGAUGAGGGAUGCCCUACAGUUAACUCCAUCCUGAUGAGCAGUGUGGAUGACAUAAAAUGGGUUUGCCAAGACAUGGAUCUGGGAGAAUGUAAAGAAUUGACAAACUACAUGGAAAGGUUACAUGAAAAGGUGUAAUGGGACACAAAUGAACAUUUGUUUUUCGCUCACCUUCUGCCUUUAAUUUUGGGUAGUGGGGCACAAGGACAUCCCAGAAGGAAGCAGAUUAGCAGGAAAAGAGAAAAGAAGCAUCAUCAGCUGAGGUCCAGAAAACCACCUGAAGUCAGCAGGAUGGAGUUCUGGAGUCAGUGAAGAUAGGAAUUCCCCUUCCAAAAGUCAUACACAAAGUUAGGUUUAUUUGGUGUCUGCCAAGCAUGGCAGUAUUUUCACAACUGGAGACAAAAAUAAGAUCUGAUUCAAGGAUCUUUUCCAGGAAAGAACAAUUUCUUUCUCUCUUUCUCUUUUUCUCUCUACCAAUCUCUUUUUUUAAAAAAUGUAGCAAUUUGGAUAUUACAAAAUCCAAGUAGCUCCCAUACAGACUGUGGAGAGAAAAAAAAACACAAGACUUAGGCUCAGUUUUUUUAGAAAAUGGAUCAAUGAAAGGAAGCACACCAGCUAAAAUAAGAGUGGAAUAUCUAGCCAUGAACAUUAUUGUUAAUGGACAGAGAUUGGUUUCACACUAGACAAUGAGAAGUGACUGCUGUGACUUCAUAUUCCCCCAAAGAAUUGAGGGGAAAAGACCUUCUUGGCAACCAAAAAGGCAGUCAAUUAUCUGCCUGGUAUAAAGAGGGGAAAAGUGUGCCAAUAAGAUGUAACCAUAUGUGUAUUGAGAUAAUGAGAAAUAAACUCCAUGGGGCUCUUUGGAGUAGUCUUAGUUUUUAAGAUAAGGGAUGGUACACUCACAUCAAUUUACUGGACAUAGAAUUCCGAUUAGGUUCAAAGAACCAGUUUCUUUUUUCGCAACCUCACUCCAUCCAUCUCUAACAUUUCAAUUUGUACACUUCAUCCACAAUCCUGCCAUUCUAUAAUGGUUUAGUCACUGGUCACAGGGGACAUGACAGCCCUCAGUGGGGGUUUGCUGGGUGGCAUAACUAGAACCAGGGUGUGAUGAGAGCCUCAAUGGUAGCUGGCAUCUAUAGAUAUUUCCUCCCAACAAUGGACCUCUCAGCUGCCAUCCUUGAGACUUAUAGUUCUCUAAAUAGCAUCACCACCCCAGUUGCUGGCCAGGCCCAGGACUUGGGCUAGACUCUCUGGGGAGCUGCACCCAAUAGGAACAAUCUCUUUCUCUUCCUGCCUUCCUAUUCAAAUUGAUUUUCCCUGAGUAACAGAAUUCCUAGUUACAUCUCUGCUAAGCUAGGAAACCAUCCUUGUCCUUUGUGUAACUCCUCCUCUCCAGCUCUGCAUCAUUUCACAGAAUUCAUUCUACCAAGCCAUCCAGGAUCACUUGGUACUUACUUCCCAUGUGGCCAUUUUAAUAAAGUAGCUGAUUGGGUUUGGGGGGAGGGAUAAGUGUUAUUCAUGCUGAACUCAACAUAACCUUACUUCCCUUACCUUUUGAAAAAAGAUCACUUAGCUAUUUCAUUAUCCAUUUGUAAGUCUGAUCUCUGGUAUCUCUCAUCUAAAGACAUGCCCCAUAGAUAUCAAGAUGGGGAAGCUAGGUCUGAGAGUAUGAAUGUAUAAAUGGAAGAGAAACCCAGAACUUAAUGAAAAAAAAAACAAGUUUGUCUACUUAAAAAGUCCUCGUAUUUAUUCCUUCAAUCCAAUUAGGGUGCCAGCUUUUUGAGAGAAAGAAUUCCUCCCCCCCCUUUCUUUGUACCCCUAGGGCUUAGCACAAUACCUGACUCCUGGUGAACACUUAAUAUGUUUGUUGACUUCAUUUAUUAAGCUCCAAUACAUUUGUUGACUUAAUUUGUUAAGCUCGAAUAUGUUUGUUCACUUAAUUAAGAUCUAAUCUGUUUGUCAACUUAAUUUAUUAAGCUUUUCACUAGGGAACCAAAAGACAAAGACAAAGAGCAAAACUUAGUCCCUGCCAUCAGAAGCUUACAGUCUACUUAGAGGGCUACAACAUGUCCACUAGGAAAGAUUAUAAUAAAUCAUUUCAAGGGGGAAUGAACACUGCCCACCCAGUGAAGAGGUGGGGAUGAGGAGAUGGGAAUUUGUUGUUAGGGAUUAAGAAAGGAAUCCUUGGCAGAUGUCUGGCAUUGGCAUCAUCAGUGUGACCCUAAACUUGGGCUUCAAAAGCCAGGAUCAACUGCUUCCAAUCUUAAGACUAUCUAAAUUGAUGUGCUGCUUUCUGAAAGAGCACACAUUCCCAUGUGGUGGUGGCGUUUUUAUCAUUCAGUUAUAUUCUUAUGUCUCUUUCACUCCGUAUCUGCCCCAUUCAGCUCUCUGCUUCUCAUCCCCAUUCCCUCUCUAGUCAGAAUCCAUCUCUAUUUAGAAUAUAUUGUAGAUUGUAAGAAUGUAAUAUAUAUUUAUAAACAUACUAACUGUAAAUAAAAUUUGCAUUCAGUGGCUUCAGUUCUCCCAUCCUUUCUGCACAAUGACCCUGUAAAAACUUGGCAGUCAGUUUCAGGGACUUGUCCAAGGUGCUGGCUUUCGGUAAAUGAAAAUGCAGAUUUAAGGAUCCCCCUACAAUCUAAUUACAAACCUUUACAUCAUGUAAUACUGCUCUUCAUGUAAAAGGGAUGUUGACACCCGAUGACAAAGUGCCCCAUGCAGCAAGGCACUCAUUCUGAAUUAGAAAGUAUUUGCAAAUAAAUCACAUGUGUACAUCCCUACUAAAAGCCUUCUGAGUGUGCCUGAGAUGAUGGGAAGUGGGAGCAGGGUACUACAGGUGUGGCAGACUCUCAGGGAAGUAUCUGCCUGCCUAGAAGAUGGGAGGUCUUCAGGAUAAAUUGGCACAUUUUAAUUUCUCAAAAGGAGAAAGUGCACAUGCCCAGACAUCUGCUUUCCAGGGCAUCCAGUCAGAAAGUAAACCUUGGGAAGAGAAGUCUUGGCCCACGUAUAAUAUAGUGAAAUGGAAAUAAUGCUGGAUCCAGAGUCUAAUAUGUUCAUCUAAAAUGUAUUGUAAUAAUAAAAACAAUAAUGAUCACU